AUGUGUGGACGAUAUGCUUUGGGCUUGCGCUUAGCGUACGUCCGCCAGCGCCUCACGAAUAGAGGAAUGCAAGUGGACGAUACACCAGCAGAUGACCAGGUCAGAGAGACAUACAAUUUUGCCCCAGGGAACUUUGGUGUUGUGUACCGGGCUGAGAUCCCUGGUGAUGACCAUCAGCGCCGAGCGGACGCCAAUGAGCAGGAUGAAGCACGUAAAGAAACAUCAAAAUCAACCAAGGACACAAAUCCUCAGCCCAUAAAAUACAAGCUUCAGAGCAUGAAGUGGGGGUUAAUACCAUUCUGGACCAAGCGUCAACCAGACUACGGAUCCUUGAUGCGCACGAUCAAUUGUCGAGAUGACUCUCUGAUCGAGGAUCGGGGCAUGUGGACUACUAUGAAGCGGCACAAGCGGUGCAUUGUUGUUUGCCAGGGAUUCUAUGAAUGGCUGAAAAAGGGGCCCGGUGGGAAAGACCGAAUCCCGCAUUACGUGAAGCGCAAGGACGGUGAGUUGAUGUGCUUUGCAGGGCUAUGGGAUUGUGUGUCAUACGAGGGCUCCGACGAAAAACUCUACACUUACACAAUCAUCACUACAUCUUCAAAUCAGUACCUGAAAUUUUUACACGACCGAAUGCCCGUCAUUCUUGAUGCCGGAAGCGACGCCAUGAAGACUUGGCUGGACCCUAGCCGAACUCACUGGUCAAAAGAGCUUCAAUCCCUUUUGAAACCAUAUGAUGGCGAGCUAGAAUGCUACCAAGUAUCGAAAGAGGUUGGUAAGGUCGGGAACAAUUCCCCCGACUUUAUCAUUCCAAUUGACAGCAAAGAUAACAAGAAUAAUAUCGCAAACUUCUUUGCUAGUCCUAAGAAAAAGGACACCGAAAAAGCAGACACUAAACCACAGACCCCGAAAGUCGAGACCGAAAUGGAACCAAGUGACAGGCUUCCCGUAUCAGGCGUGAAGCGAGAGCACACACCGGAUACACCGAACGAAAAGCAAGACAACAAAAAGCCGAAAGUUCUAGCGAGUAGCUCGCCACAGAAAGGAAAAACAAGGAGUGCUACUCAUAAUAGCCCGAGAAAAACAGCCAGUGGGCCGAAGCCAACUGACGGAUCACAGCGAAUAACGAACUUCUUCAAGAAAUGA